AAAUGUUAUCAUAUAGCCCUAUCGAUCUACUUGGGCCCUCUUACAGUUAUGCGGUUAAGUAGGGUUUACUUCGUACGCCUGGUUCUACACCCUUUGGCCUAGUUAGUGUUUGACAUGAGUGUCACGUGCCUGUACCCACCCAUCCCGCCUUUGUGGUCUGUGAACUGCGCCCUCACUUACUUCCGCCAUUCGCGAUUUACAAGAUCGACAUCGACCCUCGCAGCGACUUGGACCAUGGCUUUUGAGGCAUGAUAUUAUAUACCAUGCCUAAGAGAAGCCUCGCUUACUCACUUCAUGGCUUUAGAUCCGCCGCCGGAAACAACGGCCCGCAAGUACCGAUCCAAGCGGCAAAGGCCGUGUGACCUCUGCCGUACGAGAAAAGUCCAGUGCAAGAUCCCCGAGAACCACACGUGUUGCGAGCUAUGCAAACGCUUAGACAGACGAUGUACCUUCGUCAUCGAACCGUUGAGAAAAGAAUACCGAUUGCGUCAUCACGGUGAAGGGUCGACUAGUAGGCCUUCACUGAACAUACCGUUGGUGGAUCGUAACCGAGAGGUACCACUGCCUCCCGUUGUGUUGGACCUGGGGAACGAUGAAGCCGAAAUGGAUAUCGACGCAGGUUCUUUUUGGAUUUCACCCAACCCUGACCACGUGUCCUUCAAUCCGGAAGAUGCUUCACAAAUGGUUGAGAUGGGUUGGGCUUCAGCGGAUUUCUCCCUCACCACACCUCAGCAACGCUCGGAUCUGCAACAGACUGGACACAAUCUGACCGCAACUCCGAAUUUAGCCAUCCCAGGGCCGGAGAGCCCCAUCAGAGCUUCAGUGAACGGUAACAACCAGCUCCAGUUACAAGGUGAAGAGGCCAGAGGCACAUAUCUCUCCAGCAACAUGCAUCAUCCUGCGCAGGCUCUGCCUCUAGAUUCUCGAAGCCGCCUGUCAAACCCGUCGCCUAACACACCACCUGCGCCAAUGGCCGCAGAUAUGGAGCACUUAAUCACCUUCCCAAGCAGCGAUGCUUUUGAUGGCUCGCCUCAAUCGUCAGGUAUUGGAGCAGAUGGUGUGUUAGGCGACGGAUUGGACUGGCCAGCUGAAUUCUCUCUUGAGUCGAAACCCGGCUGGUCAAACCAGGUAAUUGGUCUUUCCAGUGAAUCAGACCCAUUUCUCCUUCGUCACUACCUGUACAACGUGCAUGACACGCACCCCAUGUUUCGGCUGCAUUUCCGAAAGAUCUUGGAUGACAAGGACAUGCAGACCCACUUCGAAGAGCAGUCUGUACCCGUGGGCAACGUCCCCCUCCAAUUUAUGAUGGUCAACGAAGAGAUGUGGCAAGAUGGUUUGAAAUCAGUGGAAAGGAUUGUUUCGGGACCCCACACAGAGGAAAGCGACUUGAAGCUUCUCAACGAAAUCGUGCCAAACGAACUUGGCUCACGUUUACUAAAAUUGUAUACUCAAUGCGUUCAUCCUCGAUUUCCUGUGCUCUCUCUGUCUGAUCUCAGCCAACUUCUCACUGAUGACUGUUGCAUCGGUAUCAAAAGCACCGUCUUCGCUCUGGCAGCACCUUUUACCUUCUUGGACGACGAGUUGAGUGUCUCUAAAGGCUACUCGCAACUUCCCACAGAAAAUCUUUGGGCUAUAGCGUAUCGCAACUAUCUCCGCCUCUCGCAGUUUUCCCAUCUCUCGCUCCUCCAGCUCUCUCUUCUGCUUCUGGAGAUGCCGCCGCUGAAUUUUGCUGUGGCCGAGUCUCCGAAUCCCUGGGCUCUUUCGUGCUCUGCCCUGGCUAUCGCGGAGAGCUUGGGCCUGAAUAUUGAUCCGCUCAAUUGGCGGCUGCCAAGACACGAAAUCAUCCUCCGCCGGAGGUUGUGGUGGCUCACCUACGUCCAACACAUCUGGCAUGCUCUUGUGUUCGGCCGCACGUCGCACAUCGAUGACGCCGCCUGGGAUGUGUCCAGACUCUCUCCCGACGAUUUCGAAGGCACAGACCAUCCAGACCCUGAUGUCAAGAAUGCGAUCAAACAGCAUAUCCCGACAAUCAUGGCGAUGUCCGAUCUAAGUACUAUUGCGGCAGAUAUCUUGAAACAAUUUUAUACGCUCAAAGCAAUACGGCAAACUUCAUCUCUCACAUCUUUGUUGGAUCGUGCUAAACCUCUGCGUAAGCGUAUGGAGACCUGGAUGAAAGGACAGUCAGUGUUGUCAAAAGCAACAUCAGAUCUGAAUGACGACGAUCUAGAAAAGAGUGCACCGCUCAGAUUGUCUCACAUCACCUUGGAAAUACUCAUUUACAGAGCCCUUCUGCGCCCGCUGUCGUAUGGCGCCUUGCAGUCCGCAGAACAGAAUCGAGAGCCCACCUCAUUUAUCUUCGAGAACUGCUACGCCUGUGCGAAGGUUGCAGUGGAGUUUGUGGCUGCUCUCAACGCAAAGCACUUUUCCAAUUAUUGGCACCCCUAUGCACGAUAUCAGCUUUGCUAUAUUUCGACAUUCAUUUUGAUGAACUUUGCUCAGUCAGCCACACAAGAAGCUGCUCUCAGAAACAAAGCCUUACUCAGCAAAUGGCGAGAUAGUCUACGUUCACUUUCGCGAGCUUGGCCACUUGCGAAACUGGCGACAAUGAGACUGGAUGCCGCGUUUUGGAAAGGCCUCUCGGCCGUUGUGCAUGGUGCUGGUCCGGACAACCCUGCUAGCAGGCUCCUCAAGGAACAAGGCUCUCAAACCUCCGGUUAAGGAUGAGAUCCUCGGUGCGACUUACAGAUACGGAUAUCUCCGCUUACAGCACUCGGCUAAGUCAAUUUGAGUCAAGAUCACAUAAGCCCCAUCCCCCAGAGGGAUCGCUUUGAGCACUGGGGUGGUCGAGGUAUAAUCACAUUUGCAAAGCGAUCGAAGAAUUGCGACGCGCUACAGUGGUCAUGCUUUGGAUUAUGAUGGUGGUGUCUCUUUGAACAGAUGCGCGACCGAAAUCAAUACGUUGGUUUGAGCGGAAUAGCUUCGGCGCGUAUAGUUGUGCGACUUUGAAGGAGUGUUAACCUACAGCACCAAUCUACUGUCCGCGGGUUUUGAGAUUAGACUGAGGUAGACAUGCCUACCACUCAUCGUCUCUUGGACCAAGGAUUGCACCAGUCGUGCGGGAUACCACGUAUCGGACCUUUAUAGAACUCGUUAUUUCAGUACCCGAUCUGGUCCACUAUCAAACUGAUCUGACAGUGUGUCAUAUGAUCACGGACAUUUGCAAGAUUCCACAGUACUCCCUCGGACCGAUGUGGGGGAAGUACAAAGAUGUGGGCUGUGAAGCAUGUUUACACUUUUCUAGUAGGAAAACAUCAUCUUCCACCUAUUCUGCUCAACUCAUCAUCGUUGUAAAUGAACUCUAUGGCACCCCAUCGGAGGACUGCGAAAAGUCGAUAGCCUCGACCGCAACGGCAUGGCGAACGAAAGACGAAAAGAUCGCACAACAGCCCCUAAAACAAGGGUCGAGUGGGAGAAGUGUGAAAGUACUGGGUCUCGUCCUUUUGUCUUGAGGAGAUUUGUUGGGUGGACCGGCUUUCCAACAAAGACAUCGGCUUGUUUCGUAGAUGUCGCGUCCUUUCAAGAAAGACCAUAGCAGUCUUACAUUGAAGUCAGAAAUGAAAUUGAUGCAAUUGUGCAUCGUGCAUUCGCGCUCAUUGAGGGGAUUAUGAAUAUGAGGUGGCAUCACG